UUAGACCAACGCAUGAAAAUUCAUUGAGACGAAGCUCAAGGCAGCUUUUACAACACAAAUAUAACAAAAUAGGAGACCUAGCAAGAAUGAAGAUGGGAAACAUAACUUAUAAAUGUUACAGCGUGCGCGUCAAAGGCAAAAAUAAGGUGCAAAUCAACAAAGGUUGUGUGGCAAUGCGACCGGAACAGAACGCUUGUGCUCUAUUGGCAGACAAGUACGGCGCAGAGGCUUUAGAAGGCUGCCAAGUGUGCUUGGAGGGGAAAUGUAACCGUAGCUAUGGAAAUGCGUUGAGGUAUUCAGCGAAGAUCUGGACGUUAACUAUGUUAAUUGCCUCUGCUGAUUACCUUGAAUGUUAUGUUUGCGAAGAUUGCGAGGAGAAUGAAGGACACUUCGAAUACUGUCCACCGCUGGAGGAUAUUCCGACAAUAGCGCAGUUGAUGCCAGAAAUUGCACAGGGAAUUGAAAUAGGCUCACUGGCACCAACCGCGGAGGCAGCGCUAGGCACAACGUCCCAAGGAUUCAACUCUCCAGAUAUCACUCUAGAUUUAGAGCAAUUUGCAACUGAAGACAUCACUACUGUUGUAACGCCACUUCAAACCGCAACAUCAGCAGCAGCAGCAACGCGACCUACUUCAGAAAAUAUAACACAAGCCACAAUCGCUGUAACAGAAAGUGAUCACACCACUUGGGUCAAUUUGACUAAUACAGGCAAUGCGUCUAUAACAAAUGAGCUGGGUCUAAUAGGAACUGUCGGAGAAAGUCUGUCCAACUUAACAGUCACGCAAGCGCAAAAUCUUAAUUUGAAUGCAACCAACGGACUGAUACUGGCAGGUGCAACUUUAAGCAAUAUUACAACCAACGAAAGGCCGAAUGCUACAGCACAAACAGUGCUCACUGGCGAAAACACAGCAUACACAGAAGGAUCUUACAAUUUCGUUGGUCUCACGAAUCAAAGUUCAGUAUUCAACGCUUCCAACGAGACCAAUAUGCUAGGAAUGGUAGAAACUGCUAAUUUAAGUUCGGUCAAUACUACAACCUCCGACCAAUAUCCGGUACCGACUACAGGAAUCACGGGGCUUAAUACUACAGCUCCCGGAAGACCAAAUUCUACAGAGCAAAUAGGGGUCCCUAGUGGGAACACUACAUUGGUGGAAGGAUCUAACGAUUUCGUUGGACUUACGAAUCAAAGUUCUUUAAUCAGCGCUUCUAACGAGACCAAUAUUCCGGGACUGGCAGAAACUGCUGAUCUAAGUUCGGAAAAUACUUCCUACGAAAAUGCUGUACCGCCUACUGAAGUCAUUGGACUCAAUACUAGUACAACCCUAGGAGGCUCAAACGCUACACAGCAAAUAGGACUCACUAGUGGGAACACUACAUUGAUGGGAGGAUCUAACGAUUUUGUUGGACUUACGAAUCAAAGCUCAGUAAUCAAUGCAUCUAACGGGACCAAUAUGCUGGGGCUGACAGAAACUGCUGAUCUAAGUUCGGCACCCACUACAGGACUCAAGGGGCUUAAUACUACAACUCCCGGAAGACUAAAUGCUACACAACAAAUAGGGCCCGCUAGUGGGAACACUACAUUGGUGGAAGGAUCUAACGACUUCGUUGGACUUACGAAUCAAAGUUCAGCAAUCAACGCUUCUGAAGAGAGUAAUUUUCUGGGAUUUGUAGAAACUGCUGAUCUAAGCUCGGUCAAUACUACAACCUCCGACCAAUAUCCUGCACCGACUACAGGAAUCACUGGGCUUAAUACUACAACUCCCGGAACACCAAAUGCUACAGAGCAAAUAGGGCCCACUAGUGGGAACACAACCAUCGUGGAAGGAGUUGACGAUUUCGUUGGACUUACGAAUCAAAGCUCUUUAAUCAGCGCUUCUGGCGAGACCAAUAUUCCAGGACUGGCAGAAUCUGCUGAUCUAAGUUCGGCAAAUACUUACUACGAAAAUGCCGUACCGACUACAGGAAUCAGUGGACUUAAUACUAGUACAAUCCUAGGAAGUCCAAACGCUACACAGCAAAUAGGACUCACUAGUGGGACCACUUCAUUGGUGGAAGGAUCUAACGAUUUCGUUGGACUUACGAAUCAAAGUUCAGAAAUCAACGUUUCUAACGAGACCAAUAUUCUGGGACUGGCAGAAACUGCUGACCUAAGUUCGGCACCCACUACAGGACUCACUGCACUCAAUACUACAACUCCCGAGAGACCAAGCGCUAUCCAGCAAACAGGACUCAUAAAUCAAAAUUCAGUAUUUAACGCUUCUAACGAGACUAAUUUUCUGGGACUGGUAGAAACUCCUGAUCUAAGUUCGGUCAAUACUACAACCUCCGAACAGUAUCCUGCACCGACUACAGGAAUCACUGUACUCAAUACUAGUACAACCCUAGGAAGUCCAAACGCUACACAGCAAAUAGGACUCACUAGUGGAACCACUAUAUUGGGGGAAGAAUCUAACGAUUUCGUUGGGCUUACGAAUGAAAGUUCAGUAUUCAGCGCUUCUAACGAGACCUAUAUUCUGGGACUGGUAGGAACUGCUAAUCUAAAUUCGGUCAAUAUUACAACCUCCGGCCAAUAUCAUGCACUGACUACAGGAAUCACUGGACUUAAUACUUCAACUCCCGGAAGACCGAACGCUGCACAGCAAACAGGGAACUCAACAGUGGUGGAAGGAUCUAACGAUUUCGUUGCACCUGCGAAUCAAAGUUCAUUAAUCAGCGCUUCUAACGAGGCCAAUAUUCCGGGGCUGUCAGAAACUGCUGAUCUAAGUUCGGCAAAUAUUCCCUACGCAAAUGCUGCACCGACCACAGGAAUCACUAGACUCAAUAUUACAACCCCCGGAAGACCCAACGCUACACAGCAAACAGGAAUUGCUAGUGGGAACAUAACAUUGGUGGAAGAAUCUAACGAUUUCGUUGGACUUACAAAUGAAAGUUCAGUAUUCAACGCUUCUAACGAGACUUAUAAUCUAAAUUCGAUCAAUACUACAACCUCCGACCAAUAUCCUGCACUGACUCUAGGAAUCACUGGACUCAAUACUACAACCCCCGGAAGACCUAACGCUACACAGCAAACAGGGAACUUAACAGUGGUGGAAGGAUCUAACGAUUUCGUUGGACUUACGAAUCAAAGUUCAUUAAUCAGCGCUUCUAACGAGACCAAUAUUCCGGGACUGGCCGAAACUUCUGAUCUUAGUUCGGCAAAUGCUCCCUACCAAAAUGCUUCACCGACUACAGGACUUACUGGCGAGAACGUUAUAUUAGUUGAAGGAUCUAACGAUGAGAGAGUAAUUAGACCAACGCAUGAAAAUUCAUUGAGACGAAGCUCAAGGCAGCUUUUACAACACAAAUAUAACAAAAUAGGAGACCUAGCAAGAAUGAAGAUGGGAAACAUAACUUAUAAAUGUUACAGCGUGCGCGUCAAAGGCAAAAAUAAGGUGCAAAUCAACAAAGGUUGUGUGGCAAUGCGACCGGAACAGAACGCUUGUGCUCUAUUGGCAGACAAGUACGGCGCAGAGGCUUUAGAAGGCUGCCAAGUGUGCUUGGAGGGGAAAUGUAACCGUAGCUAUGGAAAUGCGUUGAGGUAUUCAGCGAAGAUCUGGACGUUAACUAUGUCAAUUGGUUGGCUGAUUGGCGCGGUUAUGAAUUGCCUUUUUUCAAAUAGCUGUACACCAGCUUAA